UUAACACCACACACACACACACACACACACACACACACUGGGGUUAAGAUAAUAUGGACAAUCAUCGUCCAUUUUCCAGGGAGUCUCCAAGUUUAAUGGCAUUUCAUUAUAAUUGCUAUGAUGUCAGACUGUCCAUCCAAUUUAAUCAGAGUAAAAACAACAACAAGAAAUUCGUUCAGUUCAGACAGACAGACAGAGAGAGAGAGAGACAGGACAUUCGGACUGUCCAGUGAAGAAGACCAACCAAUACAACGGUGUCUAACAGGUUUGUAUAGGCUACUUUCGUUAUGGGUGGUUAUCUUUGAGAGACAGGACAUUCGGACUGUCCAGUGAAGAAGACCAAACAAUACAACGGUGUCUAACAGGUUUGUAUAGGCUACGUUCGUUAUGGGUGGUUAUCUUUGUGUUUACAAUAUUUGGUGAAAUGUUUAAUUUGUUCCUUCUUUAAAAUAGUUUUCUCUCUGGCUUUUUCUUUUGUAAUCAACGGACACGGCGCAUCACAACGAUGUAGUUUCUUGGCAACGCGAGCGUCCACUCAACAAACAGGACAGUUUUAAGGAUGUUGCCGCACCGCUCCCUCCCUCUGUCUAUUCUCUCUCUCCUCCUGAUUGUUGCCGAGACGGGCCUGUGCGUUGCUGUGACGACCCCGCUGCACGGUGAUUUCCGUGGCUGCGCGGUGAGGGAAUUUUCCUUCGUGGCCCAGAAGCCGGGAUGCAGGAACCUCCGCAUCGACACCGAGGCCUGCUGGGGCCGCUGCCAUACCUGGGAGAAGCCGCUCCCAGAGCCCCCGUACGUCCAGCGGCAUCACCGUGUGUGUUCCUACGGUCGUACUCGCUACCUGACGGCCCGUCUGCCAGGCUGCCAGCCCCACGUCUCCCCGCUCUACUCCUACCCCCUCGCACUGCAGUGCCACUGCACCGUCUGUUCCACACAGGAUACGGAGUGUGAGACGUUCUGAUACGGACUUCUGUGUGUGUGAAAAGAUCAAGAGGGGGGUUGUGGGGUACGACCAAUAUACCACGGCCAAGGACUGUUCUUACGUACGACGCAUCGCGGAGUGCCUGGAUACAGCCCUUAGCCGUGAUAUAUUGGCCAUACACCACAAACCCCCUGAGGUGCCUUAUUGCUAUUAUAAACUUCUUAGCAACAUAAUAAGAGCAGUAAAAAUACAUAUUUUGUCAUACCUGUGAUAUACGGUCUGAUAUACCACAGCUGUCAGCCAAUCAGCAUUCAGGGCUCGAUUCACCCAGUUUUAUAAAAUGCUUUAUAUCACUGUAAUAUGUCGAAUCACCCAGUUUUAUAAAAUGCUGUAUACCACUGUAAUAUGUCGAAUCACCCAGUUUUAUAAAAUGCUUUAUACCACUGUAAUAUGUCGAAUCACCCAGUUUUAUAAAAUGCUUUAUUCCACUGUAAUAUGUCGAAUCACCCAGUUUUAUAAAAUGCUGUAUACCACUGUAAUAUGUCGAAUCACCCAGUUUAAUAAAAUGCUGUAUACCACUGUAAUUUGUCGAAUCACCCAGUUUUAUAAAAUGCUGUAUACCACUGUAAUAUGUCGAAUCACCCAGUUUUAUAAAAUGCUUUAUUCCACUGUAAUAUGUCGAAUCACCCAGUUUUAUAAAAAUGCUUUAUUCCACUGUAAUAUGUCGAAUCACCCAGUUUUAUAAAAUGCUUUAUACCACUGUAAUAUGUCGAAUCACCCAGUUUAAUAAAAUGCUGUAUACCACUGUAAUAUGUCGAAUCACCCAGUUUUAUAAAAUGCUUUAUACCACUGUAAUAUGUCGAAUCACCCAGUUUUAUAAAAUGCUUUAUACCACUGUAAUAUGUCGAAUCACCCAGUUUUAUAAAAUGCUUUAUUCCACUGUAAUAUGUCGAAUCACCCAGUUUUAUAAAAUGCUUUAUUCCACUGUAAUAUGUCGAAUCACCCAGUUUUAUAAAAUGCUGUAUACCACUGUAAUAUGUCGAAUCACCCAGUUUUAUAAAAUGCUUUAUUCCACUGUAAUAUGUCGAAUCACCCAGUUUUAUAAAAUGCUUUAUUCCACUGUAAUAUGUCGAAUCACCCAGUUUUAUAAAAUGCUUUAUUCCACUGUAAUAUGUCGAAUCACCCAGUUUAAUAAAAUGCUUUAUACCACUGUAAUAUGUCGAAUCACCCAGUUUAAUAAAAUGCUG